GGCGGCAUACAUCUUUUAAUGUUGGUCCGCCAGUAAAACUAAAUGAGAAGACGUAGGGAAGGUCUGUUUUGAUGGCAGGCUGUUACUUGUCAACAAUCUUGGCAUAGCCGGAGCUAAAUUUGGUCCUGUAUUAUCUUCUCUGGUAGUUGUUGCAGGCCCUUUCAGUGCUGCCAAACAACGCUGUGGUGUUAUGGAUGAACCAUGAAGGCCCAAUUGCAAGUCACAAUAAUUUCAGCCAAGCUGAAAGAAAACAAAAAGAACUGGUUUGGUCCUAGUCCAUAUGUUGAGGUAGCUGUGGAUGGCCAGUCCAAGAGGACUGACAAGUGCAACAACACACACAGUCCCAAAUGGAAGCAAGCUCUCACGGUAAUUGUGACCCCUGUCAGCAAACUGACGUUUCGUGUUUGGAGCCACCAGACACUGAAGUCAGAUAUCCUGUUGGGACUGGCAACUCUGGAGAUUCGUGAGAUCCUUAAGGCUAAUGACCUGAAAUUGUAUGAGGUGGUGCAGACACUGCAGCUGUGCUCUGACAAAGACCCUCGUGAUGUUGUAGGUGAUCUGUCAGUCUGUUUGGACGGCAUGCAGGUGGACCCAGAAACCUUCACCUCACUAGAAAGAGAAUAUGCUGCUGUUCCAAAUGGAAAUAAAAGACAAAAUGGGGACACUAGUAACAGGUCAAGCAGAGACGCGUCUCCCUCCAGUGACUCAGAGGAGUGGGUCAUUGUUCCUAAUUCUGUCGACGGUAUGGUUUCUCCUUCCCAGUCUCCAGGGGGCUCCACUGCCUUGCGUCCUCCCAGACCUGCCCGACCCCCUCCGCCAAUGCCCCGCAGACCUGCGGUCUCACCAAUCCUCUCCCCAGCCUCUUCCAGCAGUUCCUCACCUAGCGAGUUGAGUGAGGGCCCAGUUUCUGAUGGCUCCUCUCAGGCAUCUGCCAGUGGGUGCUCAGAUCAGCAGGAUGAAUCAGGUGCUGCGACAGCAAGUUCCUCACAGACAGCAAGUGGCCCAAAACCAGUGGACUCUUCUUCCUCAGCAGCUCCAGCCACAGCAACUCCAAGAACAACACCAAUGAGCAAUGGUCCCUUGCCCCCAGGGUGGGAGCAAAGAGCGGACCAGAAUGGACGUGUGUACUAUGUGGAUCACAUUGAGAAAAGGACAACCUGGGACAGGCCUGAGCCUUUACCUACAGGGUGGGAGCGCAGGGUGGACCCAAUGGGUAGGGUGUACUAUGUGGAUCACAUAACCAGAACUACUACAUGGCAACGCCCAACGCAGGAGUCAGUGCGUAACUAUGAGGAGUGGCAGCACCAGCGCAGCCAGUUGCAGGGGGCCAUGCAGCAGUUUAACCAGAGGUUCAUUUAUGGGCUCCAAGACCAGUUUGCAGCUACGGCCAAUAAAGAGUUCGACCCCCUGGGACCUUUACCACAUGGUUGGGAGAAGAGAACAGACACCAAUGGCAGAGUGUAUUUUGUUCAUCAUCCUACUCGCGCGACACAGUGGGAGGAUCCCAGGACACAGGGUCUGCUGAAUGACAAACCCCUGCCAGAGGGUUGGGAGAUGAGGUUCACUGUGGACGGUAUCCCCUACUUUGUAGACCACAACAGGCGAACAACAACCUACAUUGAUCCCCGCACAGGGAAAUCUUCACUUGAGAAUGGGCCACAGAUAACCUAUGUCAGGGAUUUCAAAGCCAAAGUGCAAUACUUCAGGUUCUGGUGUCAGCAAUUGUCAAUGCCUCAGCACAUUAAGAUUACCGUCUCCCGGAAAACCUUGUUUGAGGAUUCAUUCCAACAGAUCAUGAGCCUCCACCCUCAAGACCUGAGACGGAGACUGUGGAUCAUUUUCCCUGGAGAGGAGGGCUUGGACUAUGGAGGUGUGGCCAGGGAAUGGUUUUUCUUGCUGUCUCACGAGGUACUCAACCCAAUGUACUGUUUGUUUGAGUAUGCUGGCAAGGACAACUACUGCCUGCAGAUCAACCCUGCCUCUUACAUCAACCCUGAUCACCUCAAGUAUUUCAAGUUCAUAGGACGCUUCAUUGCCAUGGCUUUGUUCCAUGGCAAAUUCAUUGACACCGGUUUCUCCCUGCCCUUCUACAAGCGUAUUCUGAACAAACCUCUGGCUCUCAAAGACCUGGAGUCCAUAGAUCCAGAGUUUUACAACUCACUCAUCUGGAUCAAGGAUAAUAACAUAGAGGAGUGCGGUCUGGAGAUGUUCUUCUCAGUCGACAAAGAGAUCCUGGGGGAGGUUACCACUCAUGAGCUGAAACCAGAUGGAGGUAACAUCCAAGUAACUGAGGAAAACAAGGAAGAAUACAUCAGGUUGGUAGCAGAGUGGAGGCUGUCUAGAGGUGUGGAAGAGCAGACCCAAGCAUUCUUUGAGGGUUUCAAUGAAGUUCUGCCCCAGCAAUACCUUCAGUACUUUGAUGCUAAAGAAUUAGAGGUGAUGCUGUGUGGAAUGCAGGAGAUAGACCUGGUGGACUGGCAAAGAAACACUAUCUAUAGACAUUAUGCCCGAAGUAGUAAGCAGAUCCUGUGGUUCUGGCAGUUUGUAAAGGAGAUGGACAAUGAGAAGAGGAUGAGACUUCUGCAGUUCGUCACAGGAACCUGUCGUCUUCCUGUGGGUGGCUUUGCUGACCUGUUGGGAAGCAACGGCCCACAAAAGUUCUGCAUUGAGAAAGUAGGAAAAGAGAACUGGCUUCCACGAAGCCACACAUGCUUUAAUCGUCUGGACCUCCCUCCUUACAAGAGCUAUGAGCAGCUGAAGGAGAAGCUCAUGUUCGCCAUAGAAGAGACAGAAGGAUUUGGGCAGGAGUAGUGCGACAAGUAGCUGCAGGACAGGAUGGAGGAGUGGUGGGCCUGGAGGAGUCGUAUCCAUUUCAGACUAGAGCACUUUCCAACAGAUUCUCCUGGCAGCCAGGAGCUUCUUGUUAACUUGUAGAUGGAUGUACACAUUUUUAUGUUCUAUUACAUUAUCAUGUGCAACAACAGCAGUUUUUUUUUUAGCUAAUCAAUUUAAAAGACUAAUUAAAUCAAUUAAUUUGUUCCACAAGAAACCUGUGAAUCCUUUUCACCCUGUUUUACUGCUUGCGUGUGUAUCAGUUCCUCGUUAAUCCCGCUGAUCUCACUCAGCCCUGCUCGGCCCACUAUCAGGUGAUGGAGGCAGAAGAAACACCUCUCUCACCCUGUCAUGCCUCUGUAUGUUGCGCAAUUGCAGUUUCUGCACGCAUAUCUAUGAAUCCUUGGUAAGUAAUGGCCUAAGAGUCGCCUUGUUGGGUCUAUGCACUAGAAUGAAUCAUUUUAAAGGGAAGAAACAUAUUUGUACAUUUUGAGCCUAAAAAGGUCUGUAACAGUAACAGUAAAAGGCAAAUAUAGUUUCAGGUCUUUCAUACUCAACUUAUUAUUAUUUGUUGAAAGGAUGAAUGGAUGAGUGUUUUUUUUUUUUUUUUUAUUGCUGACUGGCUGGACUGACCUUAGUACUUUUGCAGUUUCUGUAAUAACUGGUAAUCAAGCUAGUUGUAAAAAUGUCUUCUAUUUUGACAGGUUGACUUCGUAACUUAAUGAGUUAAAGCUUUGAGCUAGUGUGCACAUGGUUACGUGAGCAGUAAGAUGAUUGCAGUUGUUCCUAGGAGAGGUUGUAUUUUUCUGUGCAGUAGUUUUUUAGAAAACAUUUUUCCAGUAAUAGAGCUAAAGAGGUUCUUGGAUCGUUUUUAUAACACUUUGCUAAGUUUCAACAUUUACUAUUGAUUUCAGUUUCCAAGAUAAAGAACAUUUGCAUAUUUGCAGGUGUUGUCUGUGAAACUGUUAUGGUUGUGAUUUGAUUAGACAAACUUUACCUUGUGGCCUGUGCUGUAUAUAAUGUGAGCUUAUUUGACCAGGGGUGGUCACUUCCUUUAUUUGUGAGGAAGACUAAAAGCAUGAGGUCUUUUUUUGAAAAUUACGAGCUGUUAUUCAUGACGUGGGAGCAUUAGGAUGCGCUGUGUAAUAGUGAUCAGUGAUUUGUUAACCCAUUCCACUGAAUGGUAGUCAUUUCUCUGGUAGAUAUCCAGAAUUAAGUAUUAUCCUAAAUCAAUAAUGAAGACACUGGAUCCUAACUGUUUCAUAUGUGAAGUGACUAAUGUAGUUUAUGUAAAUAUACUUACAAGGUAGAAAAAAUGUCUUUAUUAAUAUAUAAUACAUAGAAUUCACCCAAGCAGUGGACCCAUUUGACUUGCAGACUUAAGCUGAUAAUUAAGAUUUGAAUUAAUGCAGUACAAAAUGGCCCUAGUUUUAUAGGGUGUUACAUAGCCGUGCGUGUACAGUAGCCCUAAUAGUGUAUUUAAUGGCUUUUCUGAAAAUAGUUUAGCUAAUUUUAAUCUUUGUUUCUUUUAGUAUCAUUUAAAGAAAAUUACUCUGAAACAAAUCUACCAAAGGAUUUUAUUGAAUUAUUUGUAAAACAUUUGACUUUAAAGUCUGAGUCAUCAGGUAUGCUCAGUUCAUUGCAUCCCCGAAACGAUUUACACAGUUUACAUCAGUUGUUACGGCUAAGUUAUUAAUUGUGUUUCAUUUUACCCACUAUAAGGUACAAAUCGUAAACAAAAAGGUAGCUCUGUUACUGGAUCUCAAUUUUUAACAGAAUUUCAGUAAUUAUAUACUGUUAAAAACAAACACUGAUUUGGACUUAGGAGAGUGUUAAGGAAGAUGAGUCUUAAUCUUGCUAAGAAAUGUUUACUCUAUAUUACUGUGGAGUUGAAAUGUUUUUUAAAGGCCUGUAACUAAAAUGGAUUUGUAUUUAUUCACAGUAUUAACUUUCUACUGUGAGGGGUUGUUGAAUUAUUAGCAGAACCAAAUGAAUAAAUUGUACUUUCAUAUAUUUUAACCACUAAUAAUUGCCCUAGCAUCAAGUUCUAACAUCUUGACACUUAAAACUGGUUGAAUUAACCAUGUCUUUGUUUUAGUCACUGCUGUGUUCCAGAUCGUGGGACAGUUAAAUGUAUAGAAAUAUGCAAAAUAGUGUUUUAGAUGUACUGGUUGAAUUGUAAAUUAUAUUGAUAGUGUAAUCACUGUUUUUUUUUUUUUUGAAGCUAUACCUCUUUUGAUAAAUGGAAAUCAGUGGUUGAAUAUUAUUUAUUUGGAGAAUGGGUUUCAUGUAACAGUGAAUUGAACUGAUUGAGAAAAAAAACUGUAAUAAAAUAAAACACUGGACUCCUG